GUGAGGUGAGGCAUUUCCGGCGGCUUGCUGCAGGCGCGGGGGCUACCCAUGGCGGGGUUCUUGAAGCUGGUGUGUGCUUCCUUUCAGCGUAAAGGGUUCCACACUGCCAGGAGUCACUGCAAGAAUCAGACAGGUGCUGAGCACCUGUGGCUGACUCGGCAUCUUAGGGACCCAUUUGUGAAGGCUGCGAAGGUGGAGAGUUAUCGGUGUCGAAGCACCUUCAAGCUCCUGGAGAUGAAUGAGAGGCAUCAGAUUCUGCGGCCUGGCCUUCGGGUGUUAGACUGUGGGGCAGCUCCUGGGGCGUGGAGUCAGGUGGCGGUGCGAAAGGUCAGUGCCACAGGCACAGAUCUCAGCUCUCCUGUUGGCUUUGUGCUUGGGGUGGAUCUUCUUCACAUAUUCCCCCUGGAAGGAGCAACUUUUCUGUGUCCUGCUGAUGUGACUGACCCAAGAACCUCACAGAGAAUCCUAGAACUGCUUCCUGGCGGGAGAGCAGAUGUGAUUCUGAGCGACAUGGUGCCCAAUGCCACAGGGGUCAGGGACCUAGAUCCCGACAGGCUCAUUAGCCUGUGCCUGUCCCUUCUGGGCAUGACCUCAGACAUCCUCCACCCUGGGGGAACAUUCCUUUGUAAAACAUGGGCUGGAAGUCAAAGCUGUCAGUUACAGAGGAGACUGUGAGAAUUCCAGAGCAUAAGGAUCAUCAAACCGGAAGCCAGCAGGAAAGAAUCAUCAGAAGUGUACUUCUUGGCCACACAAUACCAUGGAAGGAAGGGCACUGUGAAGCAGUGAGGAUUUCUUGUGCCAUUUUCAUAGUGGUUAUUAGCUCCUUUUAAGCUCUAAAUGUAGGCUGAGCUCCUUCCUGAAGAGUUCCUGGGAGACCUGAGCUGAUCUAGGAGAUGGAACAGGUCAAGUGGGGAGUUUUUCUCUCUCUUUCUCCCUCUGUCUCUAACCAAAAAGAGAUGACAAAAGUAAAUUCAGGGCCUAUGGAAAAUAAAAAGUCUGCUGUAUCGUGAUUUGUGAAGAUAAAGUUACCAAGAAAAAGAGAUAGGUGAGGAUAGAAGGAUGAAGAAAGACAGACUAUAGGAAGGAUCAGAAGGGAUUCGUUGAGGCAGGGAUGGGUGUGCCCAUGUGUGCCUUCAUCUUAUAGACUGUUAAACUGUUACACAGAAACAGGUGUAAGAACAUCCACAGGUUUCCAGUUCUUCGUUUGGCUGUUUAGUGUAAAGCAAAAAAUCUGGAGGCUGGCUGAGGCUACUCACACCUGUAAUCCCAGGGCUUUGGGAGGCUGAGACAGGGGGAUCACUUGAGGUCAGGAGUUCAAGACAAGCCUGACCGCAAGUGCCCCCGAUCUCUACAAACAUGGAGAAACAACCAAACCAAAAGAAGAAUCUGAAAUUUCCAUCUGGUGGAUUAACUUCUGUCUUUCUGGUGAAUAAUCUAGAAAUUCAUGCAUUCUUCAAGCAGCAAGAGUUCCCAGAACAAUUAGGAAAGACGUAUUGUUUGCAUUUAUGCAUGUGGUGAGUGUGCUUUGGUUUGUGCUGGAAAUAAAUACUGGUGUCUGGGCUUCCAAGACCAUAAAGGUAAUUGCCAGAGCAA